AUGGCGGCCUCUAGAUUCAAAACAUCUCAGUAUUCCAGUGGACAGUUCGUUGAGAGCGCUGGCGCAGUGCUCUUUGACUUCUCUCAGAAGGAAGCAAGGACUGGCGAAUGGUUGCUUUCAAAAGGACGUCGGAAUUGCGGCGAGCCCCGGCAAGACGCUGCUUUGCGAGAGGUACGGGAAGAGGCAGGAUACCAAUGCCACCUCUACCCUGUGUCCAUGCCAACUCGUGCACCGGCAGUAACUGAUGCCAAUGAUACCCCUGAUCAAUUACGGGUCCACCCUGGCUUAACGGAGCCCUUUAUGUUGUCUAUUCGUGAGAUAGGGGAUUCAAAUAUUAAGCUUAUUUGGUGGUAUAUUGCAGAACUGGAGGAGAAUGUGUUAAAGAUGGAUGGUGAGGGGGACUUUAUGGCGGAGUUUCUCGAUUGUGACGAGGCUAUGCGGCGAUUGACGUUUCAGGGUGAUAAGGAUGUUCUAGCCAAAGCAGUUUCUCUUGUGAAAGGCCCUUGA